CUCUGUCACGCAGCGAAAUAAUUAAUGAAACCAGGCUGUACAAUAACUUCCUGUACUUGGUGACAGAAUAUCAUGUCGACGUUAAUCGAGUCAUAUGAGCAACAAUACUCAAAUUUAAGCGCCGAAAUAACAGUAACGAUUGGAAAACUGGGAAAUUCAUUAGGGGCUGAAAAGCAGGGGCAUAUCAGACAUGCAGACAAACUAUUUGACGAGCUUGCAGAGCUGCUUGAACAGAUGGAGUUGGAGAUCAAAGAGCUGCCAGCUAAAGACAAACAGAAAUAUCGCACACGACUGGCAUCAUACAAGGCAGAGAACAAGAAACUGUUGGCGGACAUGAAACGAGCUAAGCUUGGGUUGAAUGCAAGAGAAGAACUGCUGGGUGAAGAGGUGAAUGAUUCAGAAGACCAGAGGACCAGGCUGCUAGACAACACAGAGACGUUAGAACGGGGUUCCAGGCGGCUGCAGGAUGGCUACAGAGUUAUUCUGGAAACAGAGCAAAUGGGUGCACAGAUCUUGAAUGAUCUUUCAGACCAGAGGGAAACUAUACAGAGAUCUAGAAAUAGGUUGGAAGAAACUAAUACCGCCCUGGGCAAGAGUUCUCGUGUUCUUUCUGGGAUGAUGAAACGGAUAAUACAAAACAAAGUGCUACUGGUGUUCGUGAUAUUCAUCAUCUUGUUUGUCAUCGUCAUGGCGAUCUACUUCAUCGCACGACCCAAGAGAUGAUGCAACCGCCGGGAAAUUAUAAUUUAUACUUUGUACAAGAUACUCUCUCAAUUAAAUGUAUUUCCUUAAACACAAUGGUGAAUUGCAUUUUUAUUCCCCAUUUGCGAGGGGUUGGGUUGGGGCUUUUAGAUUUGCCCAUGUCUGUUCAUCCGUCCAUCUGUCACUCUGUGUUGCACCUAACGAGAAAGUAUAUUGACACUAGACUGAUGACACUAGACUGAUGACACAGAAAUAAUAACAGGCAUGUAAAUUUUUUUUUGGGCUCAUUUUCUCGAAAUUAUUGGAGUUAAGGAUUUAGAUGGAUUUAGAUGGAAUGGGGGAGGGGCAUUCAUUUCUAGUAGAUUAUUAAGUUGUUACUAGCUUAUGGAAUAAAUAAAUCUAACAAUAUUCAGCUUACCCUGGAGAUAACUGAAUUGGUAUAAUUAUAUAAGGUGUUCGACAUGAAUCAGCAUGCUAUAAGUUCUUCAACAGGUACCCUUUGUGGUUUAUGGAGUAAGUAUAUAUGGUUCCAUUUCGGAGUCACAUAAGCAACCCUACCUUAACAAAAAACUUUUAAUGAACACAUUAAAUAUUGUAUUAUUAUGUUCAACAAUGUCAAAUAAUUAAAAUAUUUUUUAAAUAAAAUUGAUAUGAAGUCAAUGUAUAUUAAAAGUAAUUAUUAUUUUAUCAUAUGGUAGGAAAUAGUGUGAUAAUUGGAAUUGGGCAUUUAAUGAUAUAGUCUGAUGUAAGUGAUUAUUUAUUUUAAUGUAUAUCAUUAUUUCAAGCAUCAUAAAAUAUUAUCUGUUGAUAAAUGUGGUGUAUUGACCUCUAACAGUUAAAGUAUAGUGGUGUCCUAUUGAUUAUUAAUAUGACGUCAUUUUAUGUGAAGUGUAUUUUUUAGUAAUUUUUCUGUUGUUGUUUUUGAAACAUAGACAUUAGAAAUUAGAACAUGAUUGGAUUAAAGGGGCCUUUUCAAAUUUUUGGUAAAUUGACAAAAUUUAAAAAGUGUAUUUUUUAGUCAUUUUUUCUGUUGUUGUUUUUUUCGAAAGAUAGACAUAGAAAUGAGAACAUGAUUUGAUGAAAGAGGCCUUUUCACGUUUUUGGUAAAUUGACAAAAUUGUAAAAAAAAUAGUUUCAGAUUCGCAAAUUUUCGUUGUAGUUAUAAUAUUUGUAAGGAAACAGUAAUACCGGUACUUAACAUUUAUUAAGCUCUAAAAUAUCCAUUAUAUGCAUCUUUUGACGAUUUAAAAACCUGAAAAAUUAUACAGCGAUGCAACGCGAAAGGAUUGAAUAGUUUGGAGAGUUCUGUUGUUGUUGUUAUAUUUUAUGGCAAUAUGAGGAUUGCUUAUAUAAAGUAUAUAAAGAUGACCGAGUGGUCAAAGAGUUAGACUUUUACUUCAGGGGUCAGUGGUUCGAGCCCAGUUGAGGGUUACUUUUUUUUCUUUCUGUAAUUUAUUCUUAUUUUUACUAGAGCUUUUUAGAUCCAAUGUUUACAUUUAUCAAUAUAAAGCAUUUCAUGACAACUUCAAUACAUGCCAAAGUCUUUGUAAAGGUCCCUUUCAUAGAAAACGACAAAUGUGUUGAAUCCAGAUAAGUUGAACGCCAGUAACAGCACGUAAACCAUUUUGCUCAUGGUUUAGGCUUUCUAAGAUUUGCUAAAUAUACUUCACCUCAACUCUAACCUAGUAUUCUCCCAAUACUGUUUGUAUUUUAAGCUGAUUCAGAUGUUUGCAAUGACGUAUUUGCCUAGAGCUAAGUCUUACACAUAUAAAGAAGUAUGUUAAAGUGUUUUAAUUUAUCGCUGUCUGUUCUACAUUUUUAUUGUUGCCAUAUAUGUAUUUCUUCAGAGGUUCAUUAAUGUUUACACUGUUGUGCUGUGCUGGGCAUGUUGUUAAUAGUCAGUCUUGUUUUUGAGAAGUCUGUUGUAUUUAAGUAUUAAUAACACAAACAAUUGUUUUCUGUAGGCCAAUAUGUCAGAGUUAUAGCAGUUUUGUGGUUAUAGUGCUCGUCACAAAUGAAUUAAUUUGUAAACAAAUGCAUAACUAGUGUACAUACAUUACAUGUUGAUACAGUAUUAGAUGUACAUCUUAUUGAUGUUGUAUUCACAUGUGGCUGAUAAAAGAAUAAACAUCGGAAUAGAAUAUA